AGCCGCCGCUCUGCCGCCCUUAUCUCCUAUCUUCUUCCUCCGUGGUCGCCACCGGCCAUGGCUUCGUCUACGGGAAGGGGACCAGCGGGAAGAGGCAGAGCCCGGUACAGCCCCGAGACCCGGGAGGUGCUGAGAGCCCUGAUGGAGGAGUCGAAGCUGACGAGUUUCCAGAGGCGGUUCCUGAUGGACUGCCUGAGGCGGGGAGAAUCUCUGCCCCUGCAGUGCCACCCCACCUCCAGCCAAGAACCAGUGCCCACGCUGCCUGCUUCCUCCCCACCGCACUGUCAGCCAAGCAAGCUGUCAGCUAAACCCCAUCUUCGGCCUGCUGAGGUCUGCCGGGCAGGAGAUGCCUACACCCGAGAGAAAUUCAGGCCACAGGCAAGGCGAGAUUUGGAAAGGGAGAAGCAGAGGCUCCAAAAUAUCUUAGCAACUGGGAAGGAUGUGGUGGAGCACCGAGUGAAACAGAUGCUGGUUCAGACAAAGGAAGAGGAGAUACCUGAGCCUGACCGCUUUGAAGAACUGGUGAAUGAAGUUCAGGAGAGGAGGGAGUUCCUGACAGAGAUGGAAGCCCUGGGACAGGGCAAGAAGUAUCAGAGAAUUAUCUUCACUGAAAUCUCACAGCCGAGCAGGAAAGAGGAGGGGAGAGUUUGCUUUUGCAGCACAAGACAGGCAUGAAUUUGAGAAAUCAGAAAAUACGGGAGAUGGAGAUCAUUGACAAGAAGAGAAGUGAGGAAGUGAAAGAGAUCAUAACAAAAGACUUUCCUAGUGGGAAAAAAUCUGGUGUCCUCGACUAGGCCAAGGGAGAAACACAAGUGCAGUUUGUUCCCACCUCUUCUCCCAGGCCCUGGGCAUUGGUGUCUCAAGGGCUGGCCUGUGCCUUGCCCAUCUCCCAGUGGUCCCCCUGAAGAGGGGGCAGUACGACCUGUUGCCUGAAGCCAGAAGGCAGGAACAAUUUGUACAGAGCUGGUAACAGAAGCAAGCUGUUGUAAAAUCCUCCCCACACACUAGAUCUCUUCACACUCAACAACAUUAAAUAGAUGAAAACACAGCAGCAGCUAUUAAAAUCUGACAAAGAGCCUC